AUGGAGAAAGUGAAGUAUCGUUGUCGAACUGUCCACCCUCUUACUUGCAAUGCUAUGGUCUUCACCGGACUUAUCGUGGACGCGCAUCUAGAUGAAAUAGUGUUGAGGCAGACGGCAGCUCAUCUGGUAAGAGCGUGGCCCGCUCUGGGAGGACAGCUUUACAGGUCGGGCCGCCCAUAUGCACUUUCCACUGGCUCGACUGUCGACUUUGCAAGUCGGACGCUUCCCAAAAGUGCAGCAUCCUGGAAACAAGGCGUGCUCCAGUCUAGAGAAUGCAACCAACCAACGAUUAUUAACGCCCUCGACCCUGAAAAACUGGAUGUUGCUUUCAUCUUCAAUGUACCUGCCAGACCUGCGAAUGUCUUCCUCAUCCGCGUCACGCUUCUCCAGGACGCCACCCUACUUUGCUUUGGCAUCAGCCAUCAUCUGGCCGACGGCACUGCCGCCUACGACGUAAUUCGGGCCUAUUGUGACCUGCUCGCGGGUCGGCCUAUCACAUCUCCGCUGCUACCACCCGAUGCUUGUGGUCACCGAAUGUCCGACCGAGUGAUACUCAACGACGCGCAGGAAAGGUUGGUUCGAUCCAUAACCUAUGCAGAGCAUCUGUCCAACUUCACCAUUGGGUUCUGGCCGAUUCUACUACUGAUGGUGAGAGUGGUCUGGUGUCUACUGCUGCGCAAGCUAUGUCUGCAGGAAACCUUGGAGGAACGGUACAUUUACCUGCCGGAUAACUGGGUAGGCGCCAUGCACAAACGAGCACUCGCUGCUUUCGCAGCAACGCCUGUGGGUGCCCAGCCGACCAGGAACAACGUCAUCAAUGCAUGCUAUCGGCAUGUGGUUGAACCUCCCCAGCCAGGGACCUACUGGAUUCAUAACAGCAUUGGGCUAUUGCGGCACAAGCUGUCAGUGUCUCAGAUCCAGAAUGAGCCCGUAGCCAUGUUAGCGGGCCGACUCCGUUUGGCCAGCUUGCGAUACACCUCUCCGGCGUCCAUCAAGGCAUUCCUGCGCAUGUGCGAGGAUCAUGCGUCGCAAUGGAUGUUGCCGAAAAUUUCCGCGAAGGGAAGGAUGCCGAUGGUUAUGAUCACCACGUGGACAAGUUUCGAUUUCUCAAGCCUGGACUUUUCUGGAGCCGCAUAUGAUCAGAGCAAACCGGUCAGAGUUCUCUUCGUGCACCCCCUUGUUCGGAGCCUACGACAGGGAGUGUGGCCAUCGGCAUAUACGCUGAAAUGUGCGCAGGAAGGUGGGUACUGGCUGCGAGCCUGGAACACUCCAUCGGGAUGGAAGGAAUCCAGUCUGAUGGUGGAUGUCGAUGCUCUAUGA